AUGCUCAGUUUGGUGUGUAUUGCAAAAGGGUUUUUUUUUUCCUCUUCUAGGGAAGGUGCAUGUGAUCAGCACAGGGCCAAUCAGCACUGUCCAGACAGAGGGUCAGAGGUUUCACAUCCUCCUAGAGCAGAAAGAAAACUCCUCUUACUAGCUUUAACCAGAGCUCUGCUAAACUCUGCUAAAGUCACAAGACUGCUCUAACUGCUGAUGAGAAAAGGUAUUUGGCAGUUUAUAUUUACUAAAAUAAUUACAUUUCCAUGUUGUGUGUACUGUGGGAGACCAGAUACAGUGAAUGCAGGGCCCUG